AUGGAGGAAGUGGUGAUUGAAAAUCUUUUCAAUGGUGAGAGAGAAGUGCAGGUUGAAGCUGCUAGAGACCUCAGCAAACUUAGUAGUAAGCAGAGGCAAAAGCUGGCUGAAAGAGGUGUUAUAGAGCCAUUGAUUUUGAUGCUUCACUCACAAGACUACGACGCCAUUGAAGCUGCACUCUUUGCUCUGCUCAGUCUGGCCUUUGGCAGUGAACGAAACAAGAUCCGGAUCAGGAAGUCUGGCGCCAUACCUGUCUUGUUAAGUCUCCUUCAAUGCCAAAGUGAGUCAUUGAUUGAGCUCACGGUUGCGGCUUUGCUGAUCCUCUCUUCUUGCACAGCAAACAAGCUGGCAAUCGCGUCUCAUGGAGUCAUCCAACACUUGGUGGAAUUUCUCAAUGGGGAUUAUGCCGGUGAUCAUAACAAUAUGAAUAGCAGCAUUAGCAUUAGAGCCAAGCUCGAUGUAAUAGCCACACUCCACAAUCUCUCAACUUGUCAUCAGAUCAUUCCAUUAAUUGUCUCCUCGGGUGUACCGUUUUCCUUGCUUCAACAAAUCCACAACUCGGAAAAAUCAUCCGAGUUAGUUGAAAAGAUAAUGGGUCUGCUUGAAAAUGUUGUUUCCAUGUCAGAGACUGCACUUUGUGAAACUGCUAGCUCAGGCGGUUCGAUUCGAGCAUUAGUCGAGACUGUUGAGGAUGGUUCUCCACAAUGCAAAGAGCACGCAGUGGGAAUUCUCCUCCUCAUUUGCCAGAGCUGCAGAGAAAGAUACAGGGGAUUGAUUCUAAGGGAAGGAGUCAUGCCAGGGCUGCUUCAGUUGAGUGUAGAUGGGACAUGGAGGGCUAAAAACGCAGCUAGAGAAUUGCUAUUGCUUUUGAGGGAUUGCUCGAGUUAUGGUUCAAGUAGUGAGCAACCAAAACAUGAGCUUAUAGAGCAGAUUAUGCAAGAAAUUGAUGCAGGGGAGAACGUCGAGGGGACGACACUGAGGCUGGUGGAGGAGAUGAUUGCGAAGCUUAGUACAUGACAAUGCCAUUAUUUCCUGCAAAAUUCCAAGUCUUUUGUCUAGGAAAUAGGCUUUGGGAAGGUUGUAUGUAUGUAUGUGUGUGUAUACAGGAUUGGUUUCGGAUUCUUCUGCUAAUUUUGGAGUCUGAUCUUUAUUUUGAU